CAACUCUGGUAUAUAUUUUACAGGAUUUUCCAACAUAUUUCAAGCUGUAGUGGACAACAGUGAAUGUGAAAAGGAAAUUGAGAACUGCUCACUCAACAGUCCCAUCCUUGCUCGUGAAAUUACUUUGUCGAAAAUAAAAAUAAAACUGAUCAAAUCAGAUGAUGUUUUUCUCGUAAAGUUCAUGAGGAGAAGUAUGAACCAAAAGUUCAAAUUUAUUUGCCCCAAUAGUACAGCCGAAGAGCCUGCAAGUUCAAAUCAAGGAGAUUAUAACAAUAGCAAACGCUUGUGUCUUCAUAGAGGCCCAAUAAAAGAAGAUACUGAAUUCUGGAUUGAUACGCAACCAAUUGUUAAAAUAAAGUUCAAAGACAACACUUGUGGAAAAUGUGAUUUUUCAAACCGAACGGACGUAGAAGGUGAAGCCAUGACAUUUUCUUUAUAUCAUACAUCUUAUGAUGAUGUACCUGAACGAGAAAAUCCAGUGGUUAUCAUUUUGUCUGUCUUUGCUGCAGAAAUUGUCAUUAUCCUGAUAUUUCUCGGUAUUUGGCAAUUAUUGAGAAAAAAUGGAUGCUUUCACGAUAAAAGAGAAAUGGACUUCUUUGACGUUAGAUCUCGGAGAAAUAUAAUUAGCGACACGCCAGGAUUAUUCCCAAGUCCACCACUAUCAAAUAUAUCUUCUAGAAGAUCGAGUAAAAUAUCCGAACACCCAUCAAACUCUUCAGCCGAAGAGAAUAAGGAGGAAACGGAGAAUACUUUAGAUAGCGUAGCUGAUACAGUUCCAUUACCUGUAGAAAUUCCUGUUGUUCCAACACUAGAAAAAAGUUCCCCUUUUAUAAAGGUGAAAGAGAAAGCAAAGCGGCGACCACCCGAAACACUCCCUAAACCCAUUCGUAAACAAUUAGAAAAGAUAUUAGAUCAUCCUAAACCUAAUGCGAAUUCUUUACAAAAAAACGAGGAAUUACCACGUAUACAAAUGGUUAAAACUCCUCAGAAUGUACCAACGAUCCCUGGUUUUCUAAUGGAACUCGAACAGAAGCAAAGAUGUAUUUUACGUACUAAAAUUAAAAACAACCUUGAUAGAGAAAGUAGAAUUGUAUCCACCGAAGUAGAACAUAUUGAAGUAUUGAAUAAAAGGUGUAAGCGUAGCACUUACAUGGAUAUGUCUGGCUUGGAAAAACUAAAGCGGCACAACGACGACGAGGGGAUAUACGAAAACAUGACGGCUUUCAGACGCCUCGGACAAAUGAUUGGUCGAGCUGAGAAAAAGAAUGAGCAUAUGUGUAGUCGAAUAAUUGGAAAAGAGGAGGCUCAUUACUUUGAGAUAGGAAGUGCGGAGUGUGAAUCUAUUCUGGGGAAUUUAAAAGAUAGGAACCCCGAAAGACCUGUUGUAUGGAACGUGAAAACUCGAGAUAAAGAAUAUAACUACAUUACAAAGAUUGAUGCAAGAGAAGAGGUAAAUAGUAGAAAAAGGUGGACUAAAUUUCGUACAUCAAAACACUCCUCUUCCCUUGAGCCACACUAUAUUUCUGUAUUCUUUGACGAUAGAUCAAACACAGAUAGCAUUGGAACAGGAUCGGAUAUUGAUCGUCUCUCUUAUGUUUCCGCUCUUGAUGGGAUAUUUAGAAGUUCUACAAAUGAGCACGAAAGUGUACACAAUGCACACUUCGCAUAUGUCUUCGAUGGAUUACAAGAUACAAAGUUGCAUUUGUCAAUGGAUGCAUCUCAUGAAUUCAUAAACAAGGGUUUCCAAGAGCCAUUAGAACAUAGCAAAUCGUGUGAAAGGAGAUUGUCAAUGGAGAGCUCAGAUUCAGGACUAAGUGAUGAAGAGUCAAAAAACAGUGAAUGUCUGUUUUGUCAAUAUAAUGAAAAAGUUGUUUAUGUUAACAUAUCUGAAUUUAAUAAACCAGACAUUCCACCGCGGGGAGGAGGCCUUAAAGCGCUAUACAGAAGAGGAAGUGCUAAAUCUAAGACUGUAAAGAACGAAGAAAUUAGGGUACGUGUAGUAGGUAACGAGUCCGAGCAAGGACGAUCAACAAUGUAUAUAGAAUAAAAAUGUCAGUUUCAAAAUGAAUUUCAAUACUGUACAACUUAAAAUUGCAUUUCAAGCUUUGAAAGAAUGUUAUAGAGGUUGUGUAAAUUUUCAUUAUGAAAUGGAUUUGUUUAAUUCAUGUCAUAUAACAUUUUUAUAUUAAAUUGUCAAAAUGAAUAUGGAUUUUAAAUCCUACACACAUUUAGAUGAGAAGAU